AUGAAGCCACGUGGCACAUGUAUGAAGAAGCCCCCUGUAAUAUCAUGGCCAUUAACUUUUGCUAUUUAUUAUCACCCCUUUGCCAUUGCUCUCAUCGAUCAAACACUUGUAAACAUGGCGCCCUCCAUUUCCAUUUCCGUUGUGGUGGUAGCAUGGGCUACCUGUAUCUUGAUUUAUGGAAUGUAUUUGGAGGAUAGUGGAGCUCAAUUUGUGGGAGCAUCUGAAUCAUCAGCACUACAACUAGAAGCAAAGGCUCUUCUAGAGAGUGGAUGGUGGAGUGGCUACAACAACGACACCUCAAGUCGUUGUGACUGGUACGGUAUUACUUGCAAUGUUGCUGGAAGCGUCACAAAGAUCACCAUCGACUUCCUUGCAGGUUUCCAUUUGGGAGAGAUGUCAAAACUCAACUUCCGUUUCUUCUCAAAUUUAAUCCACCUUGAUCUGUCAGAUAGUGAACUUCGGGGGAGUAUUUCACUUGAGAUUGGUACUUUAUCCAAACUCAUUUAUCUUGAUUUGUCCAACAACAAUCUGACCGGUAAGUUGCCUCGUUCACUUGCAAACCUCACCCAAUUAGAGCAGUUUGACAUCUCUAAUAAUCUAAUAAGUGGUUUCAUAGCACCAGAAAUAGGGAUGUUGAAAAAUUUGUCCUAUUUGAACCUAGGUAUUAACAUGCUCAUCGGUCCAAUCCCUUCCACUUUGGGUCAUUUAACUAAUUUGGAAUAUUUGGAUAUUGGUUCCAAUCAAUUCUUUGGUUCCAUUCCCCACGAAAUAGGCAACCUCAAGAAUUUGACUUCCUUGAUUAUCGGAAAUAACAAUCUUAAUGGUCAAAUCCCUUCAACUAUAGGUAAUUUAACUAAUUUAGUAGUUUUGUUACUUAGUCAAACUCAAAUUAAUGGUUCCAUCCCAAUAGAAAUAGGUAACUUGAAGGCUUUGGUGAGUUUGUUUCUCAAUAAUAACAAUCUCAUUGGUCAUAUUCCCACUCAGAUGGUCAACCUUCAUUCACUGUAUUUUCUUGACCUUAGUCAUAACUUUCUUAGUGGAGAAGCACCUAUUGAAUUUGGGACAGCAGACCAAUUAUGGUCCGUGGAUCUUAGCUACAAUAAUCUCACAGGCAACAUUCCUGAUGCUUACAUUUCUUUUAAAAAUGUCAACUUGUCAUACAAUUCUUUACAAGGUCCAAUUCCAUAUGGUUAUGAUCAAUAUCAUACAUUUUACGCAUUAAUUGGCAAUAAGAAUUUGUGCGGUGUCUUCAUGCAUUUCCCUCCUUGCCUUCCAUUUUCAGCCAAUAACAAAUCAAUUGCAACGAAAGUAAAAAUUUUUGUUCCCAUCACCAUUUCCCUUGGAUUCUUAAUUAUUGGGAGCUUUCUCUUGCACCGACGCAAGGCUAAGAAAACCCGAUCCGAGUCAAGAGAAACAAAGAAUGGGGACUUGUUCUCAAUAUGGAAUUAUGAUGGACAUAUUGCAUAUGAAGACAUCAUUCAAGCAACUGAGGACUUUCAUAUAAAACAUUGUAUUGGAACCGGAGGUUAUGGUAGUGUUUACAAAGCAGCAUUACCUAAUGGAAAAGUGAUUGCCUUGAAGAAACUUCAUCGUUUGGAAGCUGAAAACUCAACUUUUGAUAUGAGUUUUAGGAACGAGAUAAAAGUGUUAACAGAGAUUCGACAUCGAAACAUUAUAAAACUUCAUGGGUUUUGUUUACAUAAGCGAUGCAUGUUUUUGGUUUACGAAUACAUGGAAAGGGGAAGCCUAUUUUGCAUCCUAAACAACGAUGUUGAAGUUGUGGAAUUAGAUUGGACCAAGAGAGUGAAUGUCAUCAAAUGCAUUGCCCACGCUUUAUGUUACUUGCAUCAUGAGUGCAUUCCAACAAUUGUUCAUCGAGAUAUUACAAGCAACAAUAUUCUACUGAACUCAAAACUAGAGGCUUUUGUCUCUGACUUUGGCACGGCUAAGCUCCUUGAUCCUGAUUCAUCCAAUCAAACGUUAGUUGCCGGCACUUACGGUUAUGUUGCUCCAGAGUUGGCUUAUACCAUGAAAGUUACUGAAAAAUGCGAUGUUUAUAGCUUUGGAGUUGUGGCAUUGGAAAUAUUAAUGGGAAGACAUCCAACAGAACUCCUGACUUCAUUAUCAUCAUCAUCUUUUCAAAAUUUGAUGUUACAUGAAAUAUUAGACCGGCGCUUACCACCUCCAAAUCUUUUGGUUGCACAUGAUAUUUUCCUUGUCGCUACAAUAGCAUUUGCAUGCUUACACACCAAGCCAAAGUCUCGACCUACAAUGAAAUGUGUAUCUCAAGAAUUUCUUUCUCAGAAGAAGCCAAUGCCCAAGCCUUUACAUGAACUUUCAUUAUGGCAGCUAAAGAACCAAGAAAUAUAUCUGGUUGGAUCCAAGGAUGACAGUCAAUUAUGAAGUGCUUGUUCUUGAGUAUUGUCACGAGC